AUGGCUCCAGCGACUAGCGCAACUUCGCUGCUCGAGCGCACAGCAACUCUAGCACUGCGAGCGACAACGACGACAGCCGCAUCCACGGCCACGGCGACGAGCAUAAACUGGGGCGAGCAGUUCGCCUGGCCGCCGUCGGGCAAGAGCCUGCCGUUCUGGCUCGCCAUUUUCAUCAUCUGCCCCGUCAUCUUUGUCGGCAUCUCGUGGAUCGUCUGGGAGUGCAAGUAUGGCAGCCCCGGCAACGACGACGUGCUCAAGGCCCUCAGGGAGAAGCGCAAGGAGAUGGAGCGCCGCGACAAGAUUCCCGUCUACAAGCCCUCGGCAAAGGCUGGCCCCAAGAUUACCACGGCGCAGAUUGGCGCGCCCAAGCCUGUAGUGAUCAAGGGAUAG